AGCAUUUCCUCCUGCUGUGGUCACAUAUAAAAGCCUGCUUGGGGAAGGCUGGUGCUCAUUCAUCACACGUCGUGCAGCAGCAAUGGGGUGUGGGGGAACCCUAUACUGAAUCUCCCCAGCACCGGGAACCCCAUGCUCAGUUGUGCCCACCAUUGCCACACGGCAUGACCCAGCUGUGCCGGCUGCAAGGAUGAAGCACCGCUGCCCAGGGGUGGCCUUGGUGUUCCUGGCAGUGCUGUGGCUGCUGGCCAGCGGGUCACAGCCCCCGGGCUGCAAGGACUGUUCCAUGCUACGCAGCCAGCAGGGCCUGGUGCUCCCAUCCAACCGCACUCGGAGGUCCACCAUAAAGUCCUCCUGCCCCUCCGGGAUGAGCUGGAUCCGUUCAGUUGGUCGGUGCUGUACCCAGUGUCCCCCAGGGACAUUCCUGCAAACCCCCUGCACGAGCCAUGGAAACGACAACGUCUGUGUAGCCUGUCCCGCCGGCACCUUUCUCUCCCACCCCAACACCCGCCCCAAGUGCGAUGCUUGCUACACGUGUGACCAUCAAAUGACUUCUCCUGCAAGAAGUGCAAGACCUGCCCUGGGAAGCUGCUUCUACAGCCCUGUGAGUGUUUCCACCCAGCCCAUGGGAUGCCACCUGCAGGGCCUCCACUGGCCUGACAUGCACCCUCUCCCCAGGCUCAGACAGGCAAGACGCACAGUGUGGGAGCUGCAAGCCCGACUUCUAUGCCGAGGGCAGCGAGUGCCGCCCGUGCCGCAUGUAAGCAGCUCCCGGGGGGGGUGUGCUGGCAACAGGCACAGUGCCCACCAUCCCUCUCCUUGCAGGAGCACCCCAGAGACAUGCGGCGAGGAGUGCCAGCGGGUGUGCGGCCACCGUGCCCCAGGCUCGGGGCUGGAGUACAUCCUGCUGGGUCUGACCGGGCCCCUCUUCCUGGGUGCCCUUGCCAUCUAUCACAAGCGGAAGCGGCUCCAGAUGGAGACCCCAGCAAUCAGCCCUCUACCUACUGCCACACCCUGGGACUGCUCUGGCCCCACAGCCUGUAUGCACCCCGUCACCCAGAGGGCUGCAGCAACAGAAGUGAUGCAGUGCCAGGUGUGGGAGCCUGGCUCCAGCAUGGCGAGGAGGAGCUCCGAGUCCUCGGCCUUGCUGCACCAACAACCCAGCAGAGCAGCAUUGCCCAACGGCACCACGGAGCCCUCAGUGCCCAGCACAGCGCACAGCCCGGCCCCACCACUCAGCAGCCCCCAGCGCUGUGCCCUGCUGCAGGGCAGCCAGCUCUACGCUGUCAUCAAUGCGGUGCCGGUGCGGCGCUGGAAGGAGUUCAUGCGGGUGCUGGAGCUGCGGGACACGGAGAUUGAGCUGGUGGAGAUGGAGGUGGCCCCGUUCCGCGACCGGCAGUACGAGAUGCUGAAGCGCUGGUGCCAGCAGACCAGUGCCACACUUGACCGCAUCUUCGCCGCCCUGGAGCACAUGGACCUGUCGGGCUGCGCUGAGACACUGCGCCAGAGCCUGGCAUUGGGACCCUGAUUUCAUGUCUGCAUUGUGGUGACACAGCCCCAGCGGCUGCCCCACAGCCGUCCUGGCUGCACUGUGCCCCCUCAGCAAAGCGAGCGGAUCCGGCACACAGAGUGCCCUACCCCUAAGUAUUGUUACUUAUGCUGUGUAGACAUUUUAUGUCAGUUAUCUGGACUGCUGGCUCAGGCUGCAGGAGCAGAGCAGAACUCCCCUUCUGGGCCACUCACCCCCCCUAUUUAUGUCCUCCUGCUCCCGGGAUCCCGUGCUGCUCGCAGGACGAGCAGGCACCGAGCCCGCUGCAAACCCAUGGGAUAGUUCUCGAGGCCGCCCAGCUGGUGCACAUGGGUGGGCCUGCCCCUGCCCCAAUAAAGCACUGUGUUCUC